AUGUCUUCGCAACCAGUACAAGAUGAGCUUGGCAAGUACCUGUCAAGGAAGGAGAGUCCUACUACUUCAAGACCUGGUGGCAAUCUCAAAGGGCCAAGACCUCCCGUUAAGCCCGCAGCUUGGCGAUCACCUUCAACAAACUACAAUGCAGCACGCAGUGAUCUCGUGUAUCCAAUGAGCAAAAUGAAUGUCAAGGAGGAAGCUAGCAGCAACCUUGGUGAACAAGUACAGCGACUACAGGAGGCUGUAGGUGAUGCUAUCCAUGACCAGUCGACAGCAGCAGCACCACCAUCACAACAACAGCCAAAGCGUACUAGUCGAGGUGCAGCUGAUGCCUUUGAAGCAUCAUUAUCAAGACGAUCCAUACCACGUCCACCAGCAGCCGAACAACAAGAAUUACCAUCAUCACCAGGACCUCGGUCACCACCACCACCACCACCAACUAUACCAACCAAACCACUGGGACUUGGCAACCCACCACCGAAACCACCAUCCAAACCUUCUUUCAUGUCAUCACCUCCUACAACGACAACAACUACAACAUCCAUUUCUCCAACCCCAUCAGAUAUCAACAAAGUGAGCGUACCAAAUCCAAUUUAUAUGGGGACUCUUUGUGCUGGAUGUGAUAAACCAAUCGCUGGUCGGAUGGUGCGUGUAGAACAAAGACAAUGGCACGUUGAUUGUUUCCAAUGCAAGCAUUGUGGACAAGAUCUCGAGCAUGUGGCGUUUCAUACCAAGGAUGGCUAUCCAUAUUGUGCAUUGGAUUUCCAUGAGUUAUUCAGCACGCGAUGCGAUUAUUGUAACACGCCCAUUGAGGAGAAAUCGAUUAGCGCUCUUGGCAAGCAUUAUCACGUGGGUCACUUUUUCUGUCGAGAAUGCAGCAAGCCCUUUGAUGAAUCAAGUGCAUUCAUGGUCCAUGAUGGUCAUCCCUAUUGUGAAAAGGAUUACAUGCGCAAGUUUGGUCAUAAAUGCAUGGGAUGUAGCGAGUACAUUACCGGCGAAUUCUUGGUUGCUUUGGAUGGUGAUUGGCAUAAGGAUUGUUUCGUUUGUGCAGAUUGUGGAAAGGCCUUUACAUCAAACAGCUUUUUUGUCCGCAACAACAAACCUUAUUGUGAACACCACUACAAGCAUCCAUUGAACCCUGGUACCGCCAAAAUUUGUCGCCAUUGCAAAGAAGUCAUAGAUGGUCGAGCAGUGUCAGCCUUCAACCAAGAUUAUCACCCGCAUCACUUUCAAUGUAACAAGUGCAAUAAGCUGCUUUCAGCUAGGGUGCCAGGCAUGUGGCAAGAAGGUGCACCUGGCGAAUUGAUAUGCAAGAUGUGUGCACGUCGGCCAUAA